AUGGUUUCCCAACCAACGAAUAAUUCCGCUGCAAAUGAGACCAAUGGAGCAAGUAAUUACACUCAUUUGAUAGAUAAUGUCGGAGAGAUUCUGUGGCCGGUGCAGCCAUGGUAUGCUAGUAGAAGUAGCAGGCGGAAUUUGGCUGGAAGUUCAAAGAAAAGGAUGAAGGUCCUUUUUCCUGCUCAUUCUCUGUUCAGGCAAUUCGUGAGCGUGGAUUGUGAUCCCGUGAAAAAAGAAUAUGUCUUCGGUGGAUUUGAGUUUCAUGCUGUAGCCGGUGAUGUAACAAUUACAUCAAAAAGACACGAACAUGCACAUUUUACACAACCGUUCACGGAGUCAGGUUUGGAGAUGAUUGUACCUGCUCGAUCUAGAUUAUCAAACCAGCCGUGGUUGUUCUUGAAGCCUUUCACUGUGAAAAUGUGGUGGAUAACAGUAGCAAUUACUCUAUACAAUGGCUUUGUUAUUUGGUUUAUUGAGAGAAACCACAACAAAGAUCUUCAAGGAAACAUCAUUACCCAAAUUGGAAUCAUCCUUUGGCUUGCAUUCUCGACGCUCUUCACUUUGCGUGGUGAUAAGAUGCAUAGUAAUUUGUCAAGAAUGGCGGUGAUCGUAUGGCUAUUUGUGGCACUAAUUAUCACACAAAGCUACACGGCUAGCUUGGUAAGUAUGCUCACGGCUCAAAGGCUUGAACCAACGAUAACAAGCUUUGAGAUGCUUAGAGACAUGAAUGCAGCCAUAGGGUACUGCAAUGGGUCAUUUAUAAACGAAUAUUUGGUGAAUGUUUUAAAGUUUAAAAAUUUUAGUAUCAAGAGUUAUAACUCGACCGAUGGAUACGCCGAGGGCCUUAAUAGUGGCGAAAUUAAAGCUAUCUUUCUUGAGGUUCCUGCAGCUAAAGUCUUUCUGGCUCAGUAUUGUAAGAGUUUUAUCAGAACCGGAGAGACAUUCAAAGUUGGAGGUUUCGGAUUUGCAUUUCAUAAGAAGUUUGAAAGACUUUCAGCAGCCAACGAAGCAUUAAUGAACGUAUCAGAAAGUGGGUUACUCAAAGAACUUGAGGACAAACAUCUUAUCUCUGAGAAGUGUGUGGAUGAAGAAUCUUCACCUGAUGAAAAAGGGAGGCUUAACCUUCACAGCUUUUGGAUACUAUUCGUGCUAACCGUAGGACAUCAACAGUUGCUCUUGUCAUCUACAUCGUCAUGAGCAUCAAAGAAUUUAAAAAAUCCAAUAAAGAGGACACAAAUUUAGUCAAACUGAUAUCAGCAUUUAUUAAAGAUUGGCAACUUCGAGU